AUGGUUAAGCUUAAUGACUAUCCCAUAUCAGAGGAGGUCCACAGAGCCUACCUAUCUUUCUUGAAGACGCCCAAGAACAAGUCCGCUUUCGAACAGCAGGUUGAGAACCCCGUACUUCUUUCGGCCUUCCAAGAUAUUACGAUCGCUGCCGAGGGUUACAUCCAGUACACUAGCAAAUACGACUCCGUGGACAACUGGGAUGACACGUUCACCACUGAGGACAGUGUCUUCUUGGAUAUGGCCAAUGCAUGCAUGGCGUACACUCGGCAUGCAGAAUACAAGACAUCAGCUGAGAUCGAGUUCUUUGGAAUGGCAAGAGCCGGUAUGCGAUCCAUGAAGCAUGCCUACGACCCUGCACCGAUGGACAUGUUCUCUGGACCGCCUCUGCCUGACGCUCUGCUGACCGUGUAUCGUCACAUGGGAUACACCCCAAUUGAAGAUGUCAUCUUCUUCGACAUGGUUGCCGCGUUCGAGACCGCCCAAUUCUGGCAAGCGUGGGACAAUCUCCAUGACUGCUCCAACUCGGAAGCCUGGGAUGGUUGGGCUGACCAGUGCCUGUGUAACUAUUGCGUGGACGAGUCCGCGCACAUACACGGCAUUGAGGAAUGGCGCGCCUUCCCAACCGCUGUAACCUAUAUGGAUAAGUUCGAAGACAUGUUCGAAGAUGUUCUGGAGUUCAUCCUCCACGAUCUCUGCACCACAUGCUGCUCGUAUCUGGAAUAUACCAACGACUUCGAUGAUUGGAAUGACCCGAAGAUCGCGGCCUUCCGCGAGUUUUCCGCGGUAGCUGAGUACGUUACGUAUGUCUGUCCGGACUGGUUCCAGAAGUUCCUCGAUCUUCCCGGAGAGCUCCGCGAGUCUAUCAUACACGAGUAUGCUCUGAUGGAGCGUGAUGAUGGUCGCCUGAGCAAGCAUCAGCACUUCGACGAAUUCAGCAAUCCAUGCUGCAAGUGGGACUAUCCCAAAGUGCUCAUCGCUUGCGAUAACCAGAAUACCAACGUGUUCCCGGAUGCUGGUACUGGUCGAUGUCCCAAAGGAUGGCUACCAAAUCUGGCGUUCGUGAGCCACAGGAUGCAUGAGGAAGUUCUCGUCCUGAUGCUGCGGCGGACCGAGCGCUUCGAUCUCAAGUAUAUCUUCAGAAACACCAACUUCAAGAUUGCGACUUGGUUCACCAAGUUCCUCAAGGCGAUUCCCGGUGGCGGCGGCGAGAUCGCGGUGAAGCAUCUCAACUUCCCGCACAUGCAUUGGUUCAACCACCAGCGCAUCUUUAAUAAGGCACUCACGAAUCCGAGCUUGGAUUUGGCCGUCGCUUGCAAGAACCUUCGCAAGCUGGAUAUGACUUUCCAUGUGGACAAGGUGACUGUCAGCAAUGAGGAUACUGACUGGAAGCGCAAGGCACUUCCUCUUGCUAAAGUCAUUGACCGCUUCAAGCUGGGGACGCUAUUAUACUGCCCUCGUUUGGAGGAAGUGUACAUCGACGGCAUCUACAUGCGGCCGUCUCGAGGCGGUGAGGAGAAGGAUCUAGAUGUGCUCGAGGAUGUCAGUAAGUGGAUGAUGAAGAGCUUCCUCGUUCGGCGGCAUCCGGAGCGCGGUAUCCAAGUGGAGCUGGUUCGCCGAUGGGGAUGUUGGAGGGGACGUGUACGUGGGACGAUGGUUGAGUUGAAUGAACAAGAUAUGGCAGAAGUGAAAGCGCGCAUUGAUAUCGAGAGCGAGUGUACGAAGGCUCUCGCUCUACCUGAGCCUGAUAUAUUCACCUAG